AUGAUGAAGGGGAAAAAUGAAAGUUCUGAAGGCUACUUUAUUCUACUGGGUUUUUCACAUUGGCCUCAUCUGGAAGUAGUUCUCUUUGUGCUUAUCUUGAUGUUCUACUUGAUGACAUUGAUAGGCAACCUCUUUACCAUUGUCUUGUCAUACCUGGACGCCCAUAUCCACACUCCCAUGUACUUCUUCCUCUCAAACCUCUCUUUUCUGGAUCUCUGCUACACCACCAGCUCCAUCCCUCAGUUGCUGGUCAAUCUCUGGGGCCCAGAAAAGGCCAUCUCUUAUGCCGGUUGCAUGACUCAACUUUACUUUGCCCUUGCACUGGGAACCACAGAGUGUGUCCUCCUGGUGGUCAUGUCCUAUGACCGUUAUGCAGCUGUCUGUAGACCCCUGCAUUACACUGUGCUCAUGAACCCUCGUUUCUGCCACCUGUUGGCUGUGGCUUCCUGGGUCAGCGGCUUUACCAACUCAGCACUUCAUUCCUCCUUUACCUUCUGGGUCCCCCUCUGUGGACAUCGCCAAGUGGACCAUUUCUUCUGUGAAGUUCCAGCAUUUCUGUGAUUAUUGUGUGUUGAUACAUGUGCUAAUGAGCUGACCCUCCUGGUCACAAGCUUCAUUUUUGUUCUGAUACCACUCAUCCUGAUCCUCAGCUCAUAUGGUGCCAUUGCCUAGGCUGUGCUGAGGAUGCAGUCAUCAACCAGACCUCAGAGACUCUUUGGAACACGCGGAGCCCAUCUUAUGGUUGUGUCCCUCUUUUUCAUUCCAAUCUUGUGCAUAUAUCUGCAGCCACCAUCAGAAAGUUCUCAAGAUCAAGGCAAGUUCAUUGCCCUCUUUUAUACUGUUGUCACACCUAGCCUCAACCCUCUAAUCUACACUCUCAGAAACAAAGAUGUAAGAGGGGCAGUAAGGAGACUAGUGGGAUGGGAGAGGCCCGUGCACUCAUGACCUUUACAGGACAGCAAUGCACCUCUCCAGCAAGGACUCGUUUGCAUCAAUCCAUCGUCCACUUUCCCGUUUACUCACUCUGUCAGAACCAGUGGAGUGUGUGUCUCUCAGAACCACAGAGCUCUGACUCACAGAUAUAAAUUAAAGUCUGUCUAAAUACCAUUCAAUCUUCAGUGGAGCAAACAUCCAUGUAAAACCAAGAUCAAGCAUCAAUAUUUUCUGUGGUACAAUAAAUAAAACAAAGGUAUCCCAUUCUUAAUUGAAAAUUAAGAAAUGAAAUCCCUAUAAAAAGAUGAUAUACUUUUUU